AUGAGGCUUUCCGUCCUCACUGUGGGCAUUCUUGCCUGCUUAACCGCGUCUGUCGCUGCCUGGAGCAAAGAAGAUCAAGAAAUCUUCCGUCUGCGCGAUGAGGUUGAAGCUUCCGAGGGAGUCGGCGUCUCUUUCUACGAUUUCCUAGGCAUUACUCCUUCUGCGAACCAAGAGGACAUCAACAAGGCCUACAAGAAGAAGUCUCGAACCCUACACCCCGACAAAGUCAAGCAGCAAUUCAUUGCCAACAAGUCGACUGGGAAGGAUAAGGCAAAGUCGAAGAAGCCAGGUGUCCACGUUAGCAAGGGGCCUACUCAGGCAGAGAUCAAAGCUACUGCCAAAGCUGCCAGCGAUCGAUUCGCACGCCUGGGCAUAGUGACCAAUAUCCUCCGUGGCUCUGGCCGAGAACGUUAUGACCAUUUCUUGAGCAACGGUUUCCCCAAGUGGAAGGGUACUGGAUACUACUACGCCAGAUUCCGACCUGGUCUUGGUUCGGUUCUUUUGGGGCUCUUCAUCUUCGUUGGAGGUGGUGGACACUGGCUUGCGCUGUACAUGAGCUGGAAGAGACAGCAGGAAUUCGUCGGCAGAUACAUCAAGUUCGCACGACAUGCUGCUUGGGGCGACAACCUCAACAUCCCAGGCUUGGAAGGAACUGCUACACCUCCUACUGCUGAUGACAACUCGGAUCCAUCAGCUGGCCAGGCAAUGAACCGCCGCAUGCGAAGAAUGCAGGAGAAGGACUCCAAGAAAGACAAGUCUGAGAAGAAGACCAAGGGUAUCAAGGCUGCCCGUGCCUCUCCAGCGGCCACUCCUCCUAGCGGUUCAACUGGACCAAGAAAGCGUGUUGUCGCUGAGAAUGGCAAGAUCUUGGUGGUUGAUUCAGUUGGAAACGUGUUCCUUGAGCAAGCCAAUGAAGACGGCGAGAUCCAGGAGUUCCUCCUUGAUCCCAAUGAACUCGCCCAGCCAACCAUCAGAGACACCGCCCUCGUCCGCGUCCCAAUCUGGGUUUUGAACAAAGCCACCUCCCGCUUCUUCCCAAAGCCAGCCACCGAUUCCGAGUCCGACAUCGACGACGACGAAGGUGCACCAUCCAGCUCCUCCGGCGCAGAUGAUUUCGAAGUCCCCGAGAAAGUCAAAACCACAGCUCCCAAUGGCAACGGUAAAGCUGUACGAAGGAAGAAGAGCGCGAAGGGCCGAUAG